AUGCAGAAGAUGAAGGCACACUGGAUGGCAUUCCAUGGUGGAGAGUUUGGACACGUCCUGCGGACACUGCGCUUGCUCCGGCUGCUGCGGCUCUUUCGGGUCUUCAAAGGCGUGGAGGAGGUGAAUCGCUUCGUAGAGCUGCUCCUGAACAGCGUCCGGACCGUUUUCCUCGCCAUGCUCAUUGUGGCUGCAGUGGCUGCUCUCGUGGCCACGGUGAUCAUCGCCUGCGGUGCGACGGUGAAUGCGUGGUUGCGCGACCACAAGCUGCCCAAGCUCCCUGAGAUCCACUAA